ACGUCUGAUACUCGCCCUCGUGUCCAAAAUCUCUCUGCUCUCGCGGACCCAACCAUGGCGCAGGAACAGGCGAUACGCCCGCGCCCACUUCCGCAAGCUCUGCUAUUCGCACUGGUCCCUACAGCCCUCUGGUUUCUUACUCGGCCGUUGAUUGAACCAGCCCCCGCUCUGCCCGCGCUGUAUGCUGCCUUCGGACUCUCCAUACUCGCUUUCCUGGGCUCGCUAUACCUCGUGCCUGCACUGGGUCCAACGUUCAUACAUGCCAACUUGAAGGGCCGAGAUUUGCUGAAGACGUACGACACGCCGAUCCCAGAGAGCCAGGGGCUCGUCUGUGCAUCCCUCUACAUCCUACUUCUCAUCCUGUUCGUACCCUACGCGUUCUCAGAAUCUAUCACCAACCACCAUGACGCGCCGAGGGGUGCGCGCGAAGGCAUCGUGGUCAAUGAGUUCCCUCACCAUCAACUGGCAGUAUAUCUGUCCUCCAUCCUUUCCCUCUUGAUAGCCACCAUGCUCGGCUUUCUAGACGACGUCUUCGACAUCCGGUGGCGCCACAAGCUGCCCAUACCUAUCAUUGCUUGCAUCCCGCUGCUCAUCGUUUACUACUCUGAGCGAGGGACCACCGACGUAGUGGUUCCGAUCCCACUUCGGUGGCUUCUGGGCACAUUGAUCAAUCUCGGUCCGCUGUACUAUGUGUACAUGUCCCUACUCUCUACCUUCUGCACCAACAGCAUCAAUAUCCUCGCGGGUAUCAACGGCUCAGAGGUCUCGCAAGCAGUGGUCAUCGCAGUCUCUGUGAUUCUCAAUGACCUUCUCUAUCUCCCUUGGGCGUUCGGCUUCCGUAUACCUCUUCCUAUCCACGUCACAGACGGCGUGAAAGUAGGAGGUGUUUGGAGCGCGGGAAUGGCGUACGGUAGCAGGAUCCUCGUCGAGCGGCAUUUGUUCAGUUUGUAUUUCAUGCUGCCAUUGCUGGGCGUAUGCCUCGGGUUCAUGUACCAUAACUGGUAUCCUGCGCGCGCAUUUCCGGGUGAUACCCUAUGCUACGUGACGGGGAUGGCGUUCGCCGUCGUCGGAAUCCAAGCGCAUUUCUCGAAGACCUUGCUCCUCUUCUUCCUACCCCAGAUCUUCAACUUCGUGCUCUCGUGCCCCCAGCUCUUCGGACUUGUUCCGUGUCCCCGACAUCGCGUUCCGAGGUACGAUCCGGAGACGCAGCUCCUGCACCCCUCCCGCGCGGAAUUCAAGGACAAGCGCCCGACUGCGCUCGCGACACUCGUGCUCCGUGUCUUUUCCGCACUGGGGCUCGUGCAGCUCGAGUUUGAUGAGCGAUCGGGCGACGUUGCGCGCACGACGAACUUGACGAUUCUGAACGUGUUUCUGCUCCGGCUCGGGCCGAUGAGGGAGGACAGCCUCACAAAGGUGCUGAUUGCGACGCAGGUUUGCGGGAGCUUGGUGGCGUUCUUCGUGCGGUAUGGUCUGGCUGGGCUCGUGUACGACGGUAACCGGCGGUAGACCGAGGGUUCGGUGUGAAUAUCGAAUGUGCUUCACCCUCUUCUGGUGUUAAGUAGCGUCCGCAAAGUAGGACACAUGGUCGCACAGACAACGGCGUGCAAGCGCGCCCGACGUCACCAUCAUAAUGAACGCCUCCGU